CCAAACGCGCACACAAUAACAGCCAUUUUCAGUUUGCUGUGGUCAUUCUCCCUUACUUCAGCACAAAGGUCUGUGAAGUAUCGCGCGGAAACAGACAAAUGAUGGACGAAGCGAAAAAAGGUCGUUGCGCGUGCUAGCGUUUGUUUUACUGAACCUGUCACACGCAAAAGCGCAUCAUACGUGCAUCAUCUAAUCAUCAAUUUUAUCCAUCUUUAAGAGUUUAUCUUUCAUCAACAAUAGAAAAAUCAUUGUAUUAGACUAAAUCGUGCCUCAAACUUCAAUUCAAAACGGCGCAUUCAGAGUCAUUUUCUUUACGAAACCCAAAAGCAAUCCACACCGGCAUCCACGGACUAAAGAAAAGGCCCUGACAAACAGCGCAGCAUAGGGUCCCCCGGGUGAUGUCCACCAUGGUGUACCCACGAGAGGAGGCUUUGGAGAGGCUAUCACAAGAUGAGAUUGUUAUGAACACUAAAGCGGUGAUGCAGGGUUUGGAGACCCUGCGUGGGGAGCACGCACAGCUCCUCAACUCCCUGCUAGACUGCGCCCAGCCACCUGCAGCUCAGGAGAAAUCAACUCUGCUCCGCAAGAGUCUUGAAGACAUUGAGCUGGGACUGGGGGAGGCACAGGUGAUCAUCGCUCUGUCCGGGCAUCUGAGCGCUGUGGAGUCCGAGAAGCAGAAGUUGCGUGCUCAGGUCCGACGGCUAUGCCAGGAGAACCAGUGGCUGAGGGACGAGCUGGCCAGUACCCAGCACAAGCUGCAAAAGAGCGAGCAGAGUGUUGCCCAGCUGGAGGAGGAGAAAAAACACCUGGAGUUUAUGAACCAGAUCCGCAAGCUGGACGAGGACACCUCGCCCUCCGAGGAAAAGGCUGGAGAGAAGGAGAAGGACAAUCUGGAUGAUCUGUUUCCCAAUGAUGACGAUCAGGGACCAGCUCAGCCCAGCGGUGAAGUGGCAGCUCAGCAGGGGGGAUACGAAAUCCCGGCUCGCCUCCAAACUCUUCACAACCUUGUGAUCCAGUACGCCUCUCAGGGCAGAUAUGAGGUGGCUGUGCCCCUCUGCAAACAGGCAUUGGAGGAUCUUGAGAAAACCUCCGGACAUGACCACCCGGAUGUGGCCACUAUGCUCAACAUACUUGCACUUGUGUACAGGGAUCAGAAUAAAUAUAAGGAGGCUGCUCAUCUGCUAAAUGACGCUCUGGCUAUCAGAGAGAAAACUCUGGGUAGAGAUCACCCCGCAGUGGCCGCCACGCUCAAUAACCUUGCCGUGCUGUACGGCAAACGUGGCAAACACAGGGAGGCGGAGCCGCUCUGCAAGAGAGCGCUGGAGAUCCGAGAGAAGGUCUUGGGUAAAUUUCAUCCCGAUGUGGCAAAGCAGCUGAAUAAUUUGGCGCUGUUGUGUCAGAAUCAGGGGAAGUAUGAGGAAGUGGAGUAUUAUUACCGCAGGGCCCUUGAGAUUUAUGAGAACAAACUGGGUGCCGAUGAUCCCAAUGUGGCCAAGACCAAAAACAACCUGGCAACAUGUUAUUUGAAACAGGGCAAAUUCAAAGAUGCAGAGACACUUUACAAAGAGAUCCUGACCCGCGCGCAUGAGAAAGAGUUUGGAUCGGUCAACAAUGACAACAAGCCAAUAUGGAUGCAUGCAGAGGAAAGAGAAGAGAGCAAGGGCAAAAGGAAGGAGUCUGGUCCUUAUGGAGAAUACGGCAGCUGGUACAAGGCCUGUAAAGUAGACAGCCCCACUGUUAACACCACGCUGAAAAGUCUGGGGGCGCUGUACCGCAGACAAGGCAAACUGGAGGCGGCGGAAACACUGGAGGAGUGUGCGUCUAAAAGUCGCAAACAGGGAAUUGAUGCAAUUAAUCAGAGUAAAGUGGUGGAGUUGCUAAAGGAUGGGAGUUGUGGUGGAGGGGACAGGCGUCAGAGCAGGGAGGGGGCGAAUGGACCCGGAGGCCCUCGAGGGGACUGUGAAGGUGAUGAGGCCGAGUGGAGCGGGGAUGGCAACGGUGGCCUCCGCAGGAGUGGUUCCUUUGGAAAGAUUCGUGAAGCCCUGCGGCGCAGCAGUGAGAUGCUGGUAAAGAAACUGCAGGGCAGCGGCCCACAGGAACCACGCAAUCCAGGGAUGAAGAGGGCAAGCUCUUUAAAUUUCCUCAACAAGAGCAUCGAAGAAACCUCACAGGAAUCUAGCAGUGGUCUGUCCGAAUCCAGAGGAUUGAGUGCAAGUAAUGUGGACCUGACCAGACGCAACUCUCUGAUCAGUUAGAAAACCCCAUAUGGACACAGAGGAAGAGGAAUGGGGCCAAACGGGAGAGUUUGUUUGCUACCUACUUGAAGUGAUAAAUCAUUAACUUAAACUUAUUCAUAAGAAAAAAAAAAACGUAAGAGCAAAUCACAUCUUUAGUUUAACAUGAUUUGCAUAAUGAGCUAGGUCUAUCUGCUUUGUCAUCCGCAACACACAUAAACCACUAUACACUAUACAGCAUGUUGCCACUGGACAGAUUACCUCCAGAUGUAAAUUUGUUAUAGCAUGGCAUCAGAAAAUGCUAAAACAGCUUGCAUACGAUCAAGUUGUAAAGUCUAUACAAAGCAUAAAUUUUAGCUGGGUUGCCAUUUAGAGAAAGUUCAGUAGAUGUUCAGAUUGGUAGCUCCUUCCACAAGCAAGACCUCGCAGAGUUUAAACUGUGCCGUUUGAAAAUGCACAUCAUCCAAUCCACAAAAUAUGUAUGAUUUUUUAAGGUCCAAAUACAAAAUGUGUUGAAAUUUGAGGGCAGCGACUGGUACGAACGUAACGUUUGCCUUGAGUUUUAUGUAUAUAGUGGUUUAAAUUAUUUAAAGACUUUUUUGUCAUGUAAUAAGCAUGCAGGGAUUUUGUUUACAAGGUAGUGAGCAGGUGGGAAUCGUGAAGUCACAGUGAAGGAUUUUGCUUUGUAAUGGAAAUGCUGAUUUGAGGUAGCGCUUUAUUUAUUGAGGUUUGGGAUUCUGGGGAUAUGUAGAUUAAUAGUUUUGAAGUUUGUUCAUUUUAUACUGAAUUUACUUUACAGGAAGUAAACCAUCUACUGUCUCUCCACAUUAUUAAAACCUGGAAAAGGGGUUAAAACAAUUAUGCCUGGUUCGUGGACAGGUGUUUGUGUCUAAAUAUAUAUAUAACUGGAAUAUUCCUUUAAAUGUGAAGUGAAGCUUUUUAUAUGUUCUUUUCUAGCCACCGUAAGGUCUUAAAACAGCCGAAACCUGUGUUUCAUGCAAAUUAUUCAUAUAGAGAUCCAUUAAAUGGUCAAAUUCUGUGAAGAGCUCACAUUUAACAGGAACAACAAAUGUCUUAGACUACAUACUUCAACCGUUUCUUUUAGAGAACUUGUUCUAGUCUUUGCACUGGUUCAUUGAUAAAGAUACUGUAUGUUUGUUUGAUAUUGGGUGUAUUUGAACGUCUUAAUCUUUGUGUUUGUUUUUUUCCUCACUGAUGUUAUAGCUUUUGGACGCAGCCAUACAAACUGGUGAUUCUCAUAGGAAAUGCCCGAGUCAUGUCACAAAAUCCAAAGAAAAUUAAACAGCUUGCUUUCUUUUGUUUUGGGAGUGAUAUGACAGGAUAUUUUGUGAGAUUCAUCCGAACAGAAUGUAAUGUACGAGUUAAUGAAUUAUUGAUUUUAAAAAUUGUUUCCUUAUGCCGAACAAAUAUGAAGGGUCUGGAACGUGUUCAAGAAAAAUAUGAGGAUGAAUGAAUGUUAUAAAGGACAAUUCUGAAGCAAAUACAAAUGUCACUUUUGAUUGUAAAAUAUAGUUGUUGUUUUUUUACUCAUUCACAACCACAAAAACACACUUGUCUAUCCUUCUUAUGUCUGGUACUAGCACAGACAGGUGUGUAGUAAAUACAGAGUUUACGUAAAUUGAAUGUGAACCAACCUAUUGUGUCACCCAUGUCAUUUAUCAGUCAUUAUUACCUGCAAUGUAUGAUCUUUGUAAAUGUAUGUUUUGCUUACUAGACUGUGCUUCAGUUAGCAAGUUGCCCAUUUGCACUGACCUUGAAACCUAAUAAGAAAUCAUUAACAUUUUAAUAAAACCAAUUAAACUCUGGUAGAUUAACUGUACAGGUUAACAUCCAUCAACACCUUUAGAAUGUAGCCAUGCUGGCAUGCCAGGCUUCAACCUGAUGUGCUUUCCUAAAGAUGGGUUUCAUUUGUUAAGGGGCCAACCUCUUGUGUGUUUUAAUAAAAGCUUAGAAAUAAAAAAAUUGCUUUUCAAA